GUCCCUUCCCACCCCAGCCCCCCGGGACCCGAGAGCCGUGCAGGGCCGAGCCUCGUGCCCCGAGGCACGCCGAGCCAAGUCACCCCUGCAGCCCGCGGCGCCGGAACUUGGGGGCGCAGUGAGUGGGGGCAGGGCGCCGGGCCGGCGGGCGGUGGCCAUGGCUGGGUGCCGGUUCCUGGCUUUAGAAGUCCUUUCGCAUCUUGUUGAAUCCGGGGCUGCAUUGGCCCUCCGAGCUCUCCAGACUGGCAACGUCGCAGAGACAACAGGUCCAGACCCGGGACAGACCCCACACCCGCGUCCAGGACAUGGGUUUCUUCCCUCUUCCAGGCGAGAGGCCCUCGGACUGGGCGUCGCGGCGAGCCCCCCGUGGUUUCUGUUUGCUUUUUUACCGUCCCCCGUCCCCCCCGCCCACCCUGUCCCGGCCCCACCCGGGCCUUGGUCCCACCGCGAAGGGGCGAGGAGUCCCCGGAAGGGUCGCGAUGGCCGGGGAGUCCGGGACCUCGGCUCUGGGUAGGCGCGCCCCGCGACCCAGCGGCGGCGUGGGCGAGGGGCGCUGCGCAAACUACGCGCUCUCGCUGGGGAAACGCCAGCCCAGGCGGGCGGCGGCGGUGAAGGGGAUGAGGACCAGGACCCCGUGCCCGGCGGGACUGGCCCCGCACCCCACGCCGCCCCCCUGCGGUGCGCACCGCAUCUGCGCCCUAGGCCGAGGCCAGGCUCGGACCCCUCCCCCGCACCGACGUGAUUCGGAUCGCGCGGUGCUGGCGCCGCCUUCAUGCGCCCUGCCUGGCCCCCACCUGGUCCUCUUUCCUUUUCAGGUGGAGGAGAUACCGCUGUCCCGUCGGUCUGGGGACAGCCCAGCUCCCCGGAUCCCGGGCUGGAGAGACGCGUCGCGGCCCCGGGGCCUGGUGGCACGAGCAGGAAGGAGGACCCGGCGGCGGGCUCUGCCUGGGCUUGCCUGGGCUUGUUCCGAGCCGGGCUGCUUCUCGAUGACCACGCAGAUCGGGGGCAUUUGGAGAUUUUGCGGGAGCCCUGCAGCCAAGCUCCGGGGCAGGAGAGGCCUGGAAGCCUGCACUACCUGCUCGCCCCGUCCCAGCGUGCACCCAGGUGCUGGGGAGAGGCAGGACAGGCCUGUCCCCCGAGUCCCCUCCGGAUGCCGUGGACCGGCCAGCUGUGAGUGUUUCUUUGGCAGUGUCUUAGCUGGUUGUUGUGAGCAAUAGUAAGGAAGCAAUCAGCAAGUAUACUGCCCUAGAAGUGCUGCACGUUGUGGGGCCCAAGAGGGAAGAUGAAGCGAGAGAUGCCCAGACCAGUGGGAGACGCCAGGACUUCGGAAGCUCUUCUGCGCCACGGUGGGUGGUGAGGGCGGCUGGGAAAGUGAGCUCCAGGGCCCCAGGAGCAGCCUGCUCGUGGGUGCGGAAGGAAAAAGGCACAGGGGCUUGGUGUGGGCGGCUUUUGGCUGGGAGAAGUUUGCACGUAGGGAGAAUAGUAGCCAGUGUUUGCAGAGCACUUACUAUGCAGGAAGGCCUGUCCUAAGUAUUCUAAGUGUAUUACAUCAUGAACAAGUGUCUGUGAUUAACCCCAUCUUGCAGAGAAGGAAACAGAAGUACAAACAGAAAAUGUAACUAAGCAUGCAAUUAAUAAAAAGGGACCAGGUUUUGAACGCGAGCAAUCUGGCUCAAGAAUCUGCGCCCAACCACCGGCUCCUGUUCUUAGAGAUGAACGUGGAGUCCUGGAGACUGCUCAACAUUGUGACUUGAUCGUGAGCGUACGCGCUCCCUGUCCCCAGGAGACAGAUUUCCAGUGCAAUCAUAGAAAGUGCCUGUGUGGGCUUCGGGAGAUGUGUCUGCCUUGGGGAGAAUUUUCCUUUUCAGCUAGAGCCAGGCCCAGGAUGUUGACGUCAAUGAGACGCUGGUGACGUUCUCUGCUCCAGUGGCUGAUGAGAAAAGUUCCUCCAAGACAGCUCAGUUGAGAAGAAUUAAGUUCUCUGGGUCCCACUGGCUUCACCUACAGAUGCCAACUUUGAGGCCAGUGAACUGUGAGGCCAGCUGGGCUGAUUGCCAUGGCAACAGGAAUUGGACCCAAGUCACCAGAGGAUGGAGAGGGAAGACACAGUGGUGGCUUCCCCAGGUCUUGGACCACAAGGCACAGCCGUGGCCUCCAGGAACCCUGAGAUAACCCGUUAGUGGGUCCUGCACUCCAACAGAGCUCGUGCAAUCAGCCUCUGGUCCUCACCCUCCUCCCAUUGGUGUCGUUGUGCUCUCUGACAUUGACGUUGAGCAGUGAGUGCUCCAGAUCUCGUUCCACUGAUUUUUUCCACUGUUCUCCAGUCUAGCACUUUCUGAAAUUCAUCCAAGCCUAAGAGGUGAUGCCAAAUGUCAGUGUCUUACACCUCGGACCCCAUGGACUAAGACAAGCCUCUGGGGUCCAUGUGGCACCAAGGAUGGGGUCUUCUAGUACCUUUCACACAGGCCAGGGACAGCACCUGCUGUGACCCCCACCCCCAGCCUCUGCUGCUUCUCCCGUUGCCCUUCCAGCCACUGCCCUGGGCACCUCCCCUGCUCCCGCCUCCCUGCCUGGGCCCAUCUUUCUUUCCACCUCACCAAUUGCGGGGCUUCCUAGUGCCGGAGGGGAAGGGAGCCUGCUUCCAUUCUCACCACUCUGAAAGUCAGAAGACCCUGCAGAGAGGUUUUCUGGAAUUUGGAGCCUAACCUUGGCCUUGACACAGUCCAGAUGAGAAGGCCGUCCCCCAGUUAAGCCAGCCCUCCCUCCCUCUCAAUGCUGGAGAGGAAACCAGGCAGCUGGUUGCUUCAGCAAACCCCCUCCCUAUGCGAAUUGUCCUUUUCUUCCUCAAAUAGACUGGAGUGCAGAGGACUUGCUUCAGAGAGAGCCCCUUUGUAACGCACAUUGCACGGGCCGUGCCCCAUGCCCACUCUGCCACAAACUCCCCUCAGCUGCCCAGCCCCGUGGAGCCAGGCGUGGGCUGAAGUGGGGCCAAUGAAAUGCCUGGAAUGCCAGCCACAGUGACAGGCCAGCACUCAGAUGCCUCUCGGGAGUUCUGACCGAAGCAGCACUGAGGACCGCUUCAGAGCAGAAGUCUACGCCAUUUUCCCGUUUUAGGCAGAAGUAAAGAAUGUCUCUACCUUUUCCCAACCAGCAAUUGAUUCAGAGUCCUGAGCUUUUAAAUUAAAGGGACCCCUCUGUUGCUUUAUGCGGUAGCCAGCUUAUUCAUUUGAGUUCAGGUGAAAUCAUUUUCAAGUAACCUCUUCCUAUCCAGCUUUACUUUUAGUUAUGCUGACAUAAAAACAAUAAAAAUUGUCCUCCUCAGAGUUCACCUGUAAAAGUUCCUGGAUAAUUAGUAAGGAAACAGAGCAGACAGUUGUUGCUUCAGAUAAAAGUGAUGUCUGGGUUGGGCACGGUGGCGCAUGCCUGUAAUCCCAGCACUUGGGGAGGCCCAGGUGGAUGGAUCCCUUGAGCUCAGGAGUUUCAGACCAGCCUGGGCAACAUCUCUACAAAAAAUACAAAAAUUAGCCAGGCAUAGUGGCAGGACUGUAGUCCCAGCUACUCAGGAGGCUGAGGUCAGGGGAUGGCUUGAGCCCAGGAGGCACAGAUUGAAGUGAGCUGAGAUGGUGCCACUGUAUUCCAGCCUAGGUGACAGAGCCAGACCCUGUCUCAAAAAAAAAAAAAAGUAAUGUCUUUGUGGUCAUUUAAUUUACUUCUGCAUUUUUUUUUUUUUUUGAAAUGGGCAGUGGUACCAUCUCAGCUCACUGCAACCUCUGCCUUGGGGGUUCAAGUGAUUCUCCUGCCUCAGCCUCCCGAGUAGCUGGGAUUACAGGCAGCCGCCACCAUGCCCAGCUAAUUUUUGUAUUUUUAGUAGAGACGGGGCUUUGCCAUGUUGACCAGGCUGGACUCAAACUCCUGACCUCAGGUGAUCCGCCCACCUCGGCCUCCCAAAGCACUGGGAUUACAGGAAUGAGCCACUGCACUCGGCCUACUUCUGCAUUCCUUAGAGUACAUCCUAGCUAGGAUCUAUUCAGUUGUCUUUAGAGCUAACAGCAGAAGAAAGGUACUUAGAUGCUUAACUAGCUCUUUAUCUUUCUAGAAAUUCUAGAAGAUGAGAGGGGCAGUGGUGGCUCCAAGGGAGUGAUUUUAGGAUGGACUGGGACAGAGAGGGGCUGCUUACACAUACUCACACAGAGGCCAUUAAUUUAGGGAGUUCAAGGUCCAGGAGGUUGACGGCAUCUAGGCCUGUGGCAGAGUGCACUCCUGCUUUGGGGAAUGUAUGGGCAGAUUCUUGCCUGUAGUUGGAGGGUUAGAGAGAGGGAUCAAUAAUUUCAUGGUUGGACUUGAGUUUGGAAGCGAGUGGAGUUAGAUACAAAUUCUAUGUUUUUGGAGAAAGUAUUUGAUCUUCUUGGCUGUGAGGCAAAGCGAGGUUUAAAAAUAUUUUUCACUUAAAAAAAAUAUAUAUAUGCAUGUAUAUUUAAUACUGUCUAUGGAUUGUGCCAAUAUCUAUUUCAUGGUUUUGAUAUUGUGUAGUUAUACAAGGAGUUACCACUGAACGAAACUGGGGGAAGGGUACAUAGAAUCUCUGUACUUUUUUUGUUGUUGUUGCAAUUUCCUGUAAAUCUAUGAUUAUUUUAAAAUAAAAAAGUUAAAGCAUA